UGUUUUACUCCAUUUCUCUCAGGACCAGUGUGCACUUUGACCCAGAGGAUAUCCUGUGCCUUCUCAGCAGUUGGAGUGUGAGCGCACUAAAGCCUACAUAAGACAAAAGAGCUUUGCAGCUUUAUGCACUUUUAUCGAGAUAAAAGGAGAUUUAAGAUUUCUUCAAAGCAGAUAAAAGACAGACUGGAAACAUUAACUUACAAUCUUGACAAUGAUGCAAGAGGUACAAGAAGUGACACCUUCUCUGAGUGUCCAUGGUCAUAACAUCAAGGUAACAGAGGCGCUGAAAGACGGGGACACACUUACAUUUCUGAUUGUUUCUCAAAAGCUGUCUGGGACAGGGGAGUACCAUGUGGUCCGGACCUAUGAGGAUUUUGAAUGGCUGCAGCAGCACCUGUUUUCUGAGGAGGACGUGCCUGGGUUACAGGGAGUCAUAUUUCCUCCUGUUCCGGCAAAGGCUCAGGUGAAUGCAUCUGCCAAGGUCAUGAAACAGCUUGGUUUCCUUGGCUUGGGAGAGUGGCAGCCGUACUGUAAAGCAUUGGAGACUUUCCUCCGGCAGGUUGCUUCACACAGCAUCCUCAACAAAAAUAAAGCUGUGGAGAUCUUCCUCACUAGCACAGAUCCUCCAGGCAGACAAAGAGUAAGGAAAAACAUUUUCAACCGGCUGAGUCAAGCUGUGGAAGGGAUGAGGAAAGAAGGCCAUAAGGAUGUGGAUGAGUUCUUCCAAACUGAACGUGACCAGAACCUCCUCCUAACUGGCUACACAAAGAACGCAGCCGAGAGAUUCCUGGAUGUGGUGCUGACCCAGCAGAAAAUAGCAGUGGCCUGUGGGCACUUCUCAGCUGCUCUGCAUCUCUGUGUGGAAGCAGGGGAGGAUCCUGACAAACAGGAUUUUUCUAGGAUCUGUGUGAAACUAUCUGAAGUCUUUGAAUCUAUGAAGAAAAAUAUGAUGAGUGUUGCUGAGAACAAUGUGAGCACUCUUGGGCUGGGCCUAGACCUGGAGUCACGCUACCAGGAGGCAGAGAAGGAAAUGCUGUUCAGGAGAACCUGUAAGCUAGUGGAGGUAGAGACUGCCAGGAGGAACGCAGAGAAGGCCAAACCUGUGAAGAAGACUGCUAUGGAGGAGGUGAAGAAAGCGGCAGAGACGGAGUUCGAUCACAUUUGUGAUGUCGCUAAAAAGGAGAUUGUGCGGUUUGAGGGCGUCCGUGUGGAGAUGUUGCAGCAGGCUCUGGUUCAGUGGUGUGAAAAGCAGCUCCUUACAGCCAAAGAAAGUGCUGACCAGUUCAACCAGCAUCUGCAAGCCUUCAGAGGGAUGGCCUAGUGACCUCACUAGCAACUUCCUAAUGAAGCAUCCUCAAUAUGUCUAAACAUAGCAUGGGGUAACCCAAACAUGUCCUUCACCCUGUUGUGCUGUAGCCUGAUGCAUUAUUGGACUCAGUUAUAUCCAGAAUGAAUGAAGAAAUGUAAGUGAAACAGAAAGAAAACCUUCCUCAUAAUUAAAACGCAUCCUUAUAGAUUGUAUUCACACUUGUGCACACUCAAAUAAACAAACACCUACUUUUCCUCAA